AUGUUGUCGACAACAGGCAUUACGCGAGAAGAAGUUUCUCAUCACAUCAAGCCAGAUGAUCUUUGGUACAUCGUAGAUCACGAGGUCUAUGAUCUCACUGGCUUUGCCGAGGCUCACCCUGGUGGUAACGUGGUCCUCGAGCAGGCACUCCUGAUAAGCAACACCAGAAGUUUUGAACCUAAACCUGGAGACCUUAAUCCCGUUCCGUAUGCCGAAUCUCCGUGGCUUCGUCCGGAGUUCAGCAGCCCCGACUACACAGAAAGCCAUCACCGCCUACAACAAGCCACAAGAAAAUUCAGGAAUGACGCAUAUAUCAGGCAAAAGCUUGUUGAAAGGAUGGCAAAAGAUAGCAUCCAUGCCAUGCGUCUAGGCCUAGGGGAACAUCUCCAUGAACGUACCCUCCUAGAUGGAAUGCUGGGUGGUCUUGUCAUUGGCCUUACCGCGGUGGUACGCCGGCUUCCUCAUGGAGAUCUCAGAACGAAUUUAUGUCUUGCAAUUAGCGAGACCUUCGCCGGCAGUGACGGUACCGGAAUUCUGACGACUGCAGCGAAAACUCCAGAUGGCAAACAUUACGUCGUAUCCGGAGUCAAGAAAUGGAUCACGAAUGGAUUCUCUGUUCUUCUUAUCCCAAGGAGUGAAGGCGUUACAACGAAGACUAUCAAAACAUCCUACUCCGCUACAGCGGGUACUGCUUACGUGCAAUUUGACAAGGUUAUGGUUCCUGUUGAUCAUCUGUUUGGCGAGGAGCAUCAGGGAUUCACCGUCAUUAUGAGCACCUUCAUAAAUGAACGUUUCGCCAUGAUUUGCGGAUCCAUCCGAGGCACCCGAGGUAUUGUCGAGGGGUGUCUCAAAUGGUGCGACCAGCGAAUAGUUUUCAAGCGCAGGUUGGUUGACCAGCCCGCCAGUCAGUCCAAGCUCGCCAAGAUGAUUGCGAGCGUUGAGCCAGCGCAGGCAUGGUUAGAGCAGAUCACCGAGCAGAUGCUCAAAAUGUCAUACAUUGAACAAGCAACCCAUCUUGGCGGCCACUUAGCAUUACUCAAGCCUUUCACCAAUAGAGUAGCUCACGAACGCUUUGAUACAACUGGUAUGGGAAGGUGUGUUGAGAAGUUUCAGCGAACCUUUAAGUCCGAUGCAAUACUGGGUGGUGCUGAGGAGAUCUUAUCAGAUCUAGCAGUGAGGCAGGCGAUGAAGAAGUUUCCAAGAGCAUGUUGUAAGUACAUCGUUCGGGUGGCAUAUUCCUUGCCUUUGGAUGCUCGCUUGAAUCUUGGACCAACUUUUGCUUCUUCCCUUAAAGAUUGGCCGCAGGCUUUGACGACUUUACUUUUCUAUGGCUAG